CGCCGGCUCCUUGUUCCAAUUUCCAUCGCCUUCGUUCAUCAUCUCCUUCUUCUUCUUCUUCUCUCUAAUAAUUCUUUCCCUUCCAUCUCUCUCUCUCUCUUGUUUACAAAAAAUCUAAAGCUAUAAAACGCGAGGAGAUUCUGUUCGUUUAUUCUUUGAUUCGAUCCGCACCCUGCAAUUCACGAAACCGAUCCCAAUCUCCAGUUCCCCCCUUGUUGAAGUUCUUUAGGUUUUGGAAAUCGAAUUGCGAUGGAGAACAAUUACAGCAGCAGCAACACCGCCAAUUCCAAGUCAGGUCCAGAAGCAGAACCGAAGCCUAACGAGACCGCUACCGCGCUCGUCGCUAGGGAGCAAGAAAACCACCUUCCUAAAGACCCUCUUGUCCCUGCUCCGGUGACUAACGGAGAAGCUGCGGCGGUAGAUGAAGAUGGAGAAGCAAGCGACGUCGUGGACCUCGACGACGAAGAAGAAGCGGAGGAAGGGGAAGAAGAAGACGAGCGGCAGCAAGAGGCGGCUCCUGCUCGCCAGUCUUCGACAAGGACUCCUUUCACUAAUCUUAGUCAGGAAGAUGCUGACCUCGCUCUCGCGCGCACCCUCCAAGAACAGGAAAGAGCAUACAUGAUGCUAAGUCGUGCAUCAAUGAGCCUAGAUGGGGAGACUGAAUGGGUAGGUGGAAGCUAUUUGGGAGAAGAUGAAGACGAUGACGAUUUUGAUGACCCUGAUGAUGAGUAUGAUGAGGAUGAUUAUGGUGAAAAUGAGGAGUUGGGUGAAGGUGGUGUUGAUGCUUUUGACGUGCAUGCCCAAGCUGAUGUUGAUGAUGAUGAACAUGGUGGUCCUAACCUUGAAGUAGAUGACCCUUCUGCGUUUUCAAGUGACGAGGCUUACGCUAGAGCGUUACAGGAUGCCGAAGAAAGGGAGAUGGCUGCCAGACUGCUUGCCCUUGCUGGGUUAAAUGAUAGGGCAGUUGAAUAUGUUGAACAGCCUGGUGGCCAUUCUCAGGAUACAUGGGAGGAAGUUGACCCAGAUGAGCUUUCUUAUGAGGAGCUGCUUGCUCUGGGAGACGUAGUAGGAACUGAAAGCAGAGGGCUAUCAGCCGACACAAUCGCCAACCUGCCUAGCGUGAACUAUAAGUCUGGAAGUAACGAGAGUGGAACUAGUGAUUCUUGUGUGAUAUGUCGGUUGGAUUAUGAGGAUGAAGAGGCCGUGACAGUGCUCAGGUGCAAACAUUCGUACCAUGCAGAGUGCAUCAACAAUUGGCUGCAAAUAAACAAGGUAUGUCCUGUUUGCAGUACAGAGGUAUCGACGACAGGAUGAAGCCAGUCGUCCUAGCAUUUCUGAUAGAUUCGUCUGCCAGGAACAUGCCCGAAGAGCGGGAGGUCGGUAGAGCCUAGGUUGGAGGAUUGGAGAGUAGGGUUGCUUCAUUUAAAAGGGUGGGGGAGAGUGGCUAGAGGGCAGCGGAAGGGCAAACGUAGGGACAUUUGAUACUGUUUUCACUGUAUAUGUACUAUCACUAUAUGAUUCUGGGAUCUAGUUUCCGCACGAGUCAUGAGACAACUUCUCCGGCUGUAUUUCAAUUUCAACAGGGAGUAAAUUAUCACUUCUGGUUCUGGUAAUUGGACGGUGGUUUCGUCGUCUCUCUUAUCUCUUUCUGGUUCUGUUUAAGCAAUCCGGCCAGGAUGCUCAUAACUAGUCGUGAGCAUGUGCUCACAGAUGUUGAGCACCGUCAGAUCAUGCUCAUUUUAUUUAUUAAAAUAAUACUGCAUCCAUCUG